AUGGAAAUUUCACGCCGAGUAGAUUUAAGUGUAUUCUCAUGGAGCAGAGAUGGAUUUUUCCAUCUUGAUUGUUUCUCAACAUCCCCUCCUACCUCCCUCUCCUCCUCCUUCCUCCUCCUCCCUCUCCUCCUCCUCCUCCCUCUCCUCUUCAUCACCUCCCGACUCAGAAGCUCAGGAUUUUCAUACUUAAGCGUAAGUUCUGGAGAACGACAUGAGGUACAAUGCCCCCUCCCCACAGACCCUAUCAGAUGUACCCUUCGCAUCAGGUCACUCUCAAAUGGAAUGAUGAUUCUGGCAUUACUCCGUCCAGAUGGGUCUAGUCAGCUGCAGGUCCAGAUCUCUGGAGACUCUCCAGGAGCAGUGGUCCUCGGUGGGAACUUGACGUUGACCUGCCAGGUGUCAGUGGCCCACCCACCUGCAAAUGGCCGUCAUGCGGUGCUCUCCCAGGCACGGGUCAAGUGGAGCUUCCUGAGCCAAAAUCUAGAGACAGAUAUCCUGGUGAUGCGAGGGGAGCAGGUGAAGAUCAGCGACGUGUACAAGGGCAGAGUCUCGCUGCUGGACCACGUUGACUCUCCUGGCAACAGAACCCUGCGACUUGAGGUGCUGAGACCGAAUGACUCGGGGGUCUACCGCUGCCAGGUGCAACAGGGUUUGGAAGAUGCUGAUGACGUCAUGCAGGUCAAGGUCAAAGGGGUGGUCUUCCACUACCGAGGCGCCUCCAGCCGCUAUAGCUUCACCUUCCUGCAGGCCAGGAGAGCCUGUGAGGAGAUCGGUGCUCAGAUGGCAAGUCCAGAUCAGGUUCUGGCAGCCUACCACGGUGGCUAUGAGCAGUGUGACGCAGGCUGGCUUUCCGACCAAUCUGUGAGGUAUCCGAUCCAAACACCUAGAGAGGGAUGUUUCGGAGACAUGAAUGGACUCCCAGGUGUGAGGAACUAUGGCAUGAUGGACCCCAAUGAGUUGUUUGACGUCUAUUGUUAUGUGGAGGACAUCGCAGGUACAGUCUUUCAUGGCUCCAUCCCUCAGCGCUUUACAUUCCUGGAGGCCAAGACCUUCUGUCACAGUCAGGGGGCUCAGCUGGCCACCCCUGCACAGCUGCAUGUGGCCUGGAACGAGGGACUGAACCACUGCAGCCCAGGCUGGCUGGCUGACCGCAGCGUGCGUUAUCCAAUUGUCAUGCCCAGGGAGCGCUGCGGAGGCGGCGAGCCUGGGGUCCGGACGGUGUAUCGCUUCAGCAACCAGACCGUCUUUCCAGAGGAAAACUCCAGACAUGACACCUACUGCUUCAGAGGUGACCUGGGCCUCUAUACCCAUUCCCCUCAUGGCCAGGCUACCACUGAGCCUGGGGACAUUAGCCCAGACUCGAACAGCCUGGAAACCAGUCUAGACCACCAUCAGGUCGAGACCUUGGAGCCCCUGGAGAAUCAUGGUUCUGCAUUCCUAGGUUCAGUUGAUGCUGAAACUUGGUCCCAGGAACCAGAACUCAUAAACCAAUAUCCUGGAUCUGAGGUUCAUUCUGGAUCUGAUGAUCCUUCAGAGAUUCAGAGAGUCUUCAGGAGAACAGAUGCUCAUGGAUGGGUGAGCCAGCUCAGUGAGGAAGUCCUGCAGGAGGCAACACAUCCAGGACUCAAUGCAGAGACUCACCGGGUAAAACAGUCUUCAUUGUCAACUCAAGCGCCAGAAACGGGGCCAGCGGCCCCUGAUGGGUCCACAGUGCCAGCAGGUGGCACCUUUCAAAUGUCAUCUCCGUCUGAUGACCCACAUGAUGAGGACCAGCCGGUCCUCACUGAGCGGAGAGGACAACUCAGCAAGUAUCUCCUCGCCAUUGUGCCCCCUUCCCCAGAAGUCACCACCAUUUUGUCGGCCAGCCAUUCAGGAUCUGGGGCUGGACCACUAUUGGACCCGUUGCAUCUGUCAGCAGCACCUGCAGGGAGCGCGGGUGAAGGGUCCGGGUCCGGUCAAAACCCCCAUGUGAAGCCAAUGUUUGAUACGACCUUCAACCCUGAACCUGCCACCGAAUUAGUGAUGAAGGGCACCCUGAUCCGGCAACCGACUUCCACCCCGGACCAUGGAGCACCACAUGAGUCCCGGUCCAAUGGAGACGUCAGCACUGACCCACCAAUAACCAGGGAUGAGGCCGUCACCAGCAGCUUCACUGAAGGAUCAUCAGCAGAGUCCAGCAAUGAUUUCACCCGGACCUCCACCGUCCUCUCACAGGUUUCGUGUGUGACCUCUGACCUCCACCCCAAUGUCUCACCCACUGCAGCAGCUGCAGAUGAGGAGAGGAAAGGUUUGAUGGCUGUGUGUGACUUGGAGAUGGAAAGUUUGUCUCCAGAAAGAAAUAGAACAAUGAGUGUGUCUCCAGGGUCCCAGUUCUUGCUGGCACAGGUUCCUUCUGCUCCUCUGUGGUCUGCAGACUUGUGUCUGGACAGCCCUUGUCUGAAUGGUGGAACAUGUGUUGCUGAAGAGCCAACCAGGUGUGUCUGUCUGCCAGGGUACAAGGGCGACGUCUGCCAGACAGAUGUGGACCAGUGUGAGUUGGGCUGGGAGAAAUUCCACAGCCACUGCUAUCGCCACUUUGUCCAGCGUCAGAGUUGGGAGACGGCAGAGCGGCACUGUCGUCUCUUCGGGAGUCACCUGAUCUCUCUGAUGAGCCCAGAGGAGCAGGACUUCAUCAAUGACCGGUACCAGGAGUACCAGUGGAUCGGACUCAACGACAGAACCAUCGAAGGGGACUUCCGCUGGUCUGAUGGGAAUCCCUUGCUCUAUGAAAACUGGUACCACGGCCAGCCGGACAGCUACUUCCUGUCUGGUGAGGACUGUGCCGUGAUGGUGUGGCACGACGGCGGCCGGUGGAGUGAUGUGCCCUGUAAUUACCAUCUGUCCUACACCUGCAAGAGGUCCAGCUCUUCCUGCGGCGACCCUCCCGAGGUUCCACACGCCCGGUUAUUUGGCACAAGGAUGCAACAUUAUGAGAUCAACACCCGGGUGCGCUACUACUGCAUGGACGGUUUCCAGCAAAAACUGGACCCUGUGAUCCGCUGCUUACCUGGGGGUCAGUGGGAGGAGCCACAGGUCACCUGCAUCCCAGUGUCUCCCAGCCCGGAGCAUAGCCUCUCGCCGACUUCCUCUUCACCUCCUGGCCCUCACCAGAUCCCAGAGGAAGCGGCUGACUUGUUCAGGAUCAUCGACCAAUAGCUGCGCGUGACUCCUCCCACUCCGCCUCCCUGCUGACAUUAAUGUAACUAAUCCUUCGCUCAGCUGAAGAGCAGCAACAUGUCCAGUUGGUAGUUUGACUCCAGUGGGAGCUGGUGGGCGGUCCGCAGGUUCAAGAGCUGAUUUCAUGUAAAUAUGUAAACAUAGCUCUGUCUGUGGCUCCGUCACCAGGAACCAUUAAACACAUGUUUGCAGUU